AUGCUGGCUUUGAUCCUUCUGCCGUUUCCCGGCGGCGUGUCGUACGACAGAAGAAAUCUCGAAAACUGCUUCAAGUGGAAAUGGGGAGAGUGCGAACAAUUGGAUGAAGGCGACUGCGGAAACGGAAUCAUACGAGGAGUCAGGUUCGCAAAGCCAGGCCGGGUUUGCUACCCGAUGGUGAGGUACGACACAUGCUUCGUAUCGUGCAGAGUAAAUUAUGGACCCAAUUCUCUGGUCGUAUUCCAUCAUCCAAGUUCGGUGACCCUGAUGAGUGAGACGGUAACGGCCAAGGUCAAGGCACGUUGUGGUAGAGUGAGCCGUAUGUGUCGCAGUUCAGAAUGA